AAUCCCCUUCCUACCAAGAUUUUCUUCUUUGCUACUUGAAAAUAAUAAUAAAUAAAUUUGUCCAAGAAAUGGAAGAAAUGGCUUCUCUUUGGAGUUAUCAAGAGAACGUUGAUGAAUUGAAUCAGAAGCUUCUGUAUACCACUCUCGAGCUUGAGAAAUUAAAAGCAGAAACAAGUGAAGAAAUGAUAAAGAAUAAGGAAUAUGUGACUCAAUUAAUUCAACUUCUGAAGAUUGCUAUCCAAGAAAGAAAUGAAGCCAGGAUUCAUCUGCAGAAUUACCUUAACAGGUCUCUGCCUUUAACUUCUCCGACCGAACAUUUGCCUGCAGUUCCUCUCGCUCAGGCCGAUAGUCCGCUCUUAAAACCAGGGAAAGCGAAUUUGAGUAUCACCGAGUCGAACAGUCUGUCGGAGACGUACAAUUAUCAGUCCCGUUGUUCGUCUCCUAUUGAUUCCCUUUUCGAUGCUGUGACAUCCCCAGAACUCUCCAACAUCAACUUGGUUGUGAAUCAGCCUUUGGUUCAAGACAGCAAUGUGGUUAAUGUAACUGUUUCGACCAAUCAGGUUACGCCAUGUAUGCCUAGAGUUGAUCGAGCCUCGUUGAUUAUAGACAACCUUGCCGCACGUCGAGCCCUGCCUCAGAGAGGGAAACUCCUGCAGGCCGUCGUUGAAGCAGGGCCGCUUCUUCAGACACUUAUGAUGGCUGGAUCGCUUCCUAGGUGGCGUAAUCCUCCUCGACUUCAACCUUUCCAAGUUCCACCCGUCUCGAUCAAAGGCCCUGAAACUGAGGUUUCUGCUCAGAAACCGGAAUCAAAUUUUAACCAAAUGGCUUCAUCCAGAGGAAUGAAUUCACAACCUUAUGCUAUGGUGUCUUGUGGAUCUUCCAAAAUUCUGUCAACACCUAUGUUAAAUUUUGCGAAUGUGCCUUCUGGAUCCUGUCUGGGCAGUGCAGGGACAACUACUAACAAUUCUAUCCCUCUGAUAAAGAGACAAAAGUUGUACUGAAAAUUCAUUGGAGCCAAUCCUUCCAAUUUUUUGUAUAAAUAGGGAUCAGAGAGUGCUGGUGUAAAUGGCAGCAUUUAUUUGGAGUUUUUUUUAGUGAAAUUGCUUCUUGAUUUGUCAU